AUGGCGACCGUGGCAGCCGAGCCUUGCGUCUGUUCACACACCCAUCAGACACGCGUCAAGAACACGUGCACCACUUGCUGUUGCCGCUCCCCUUCCUCCAUCACCACCGCCACCACCUUCACCACCUUCAUCACCUUCACCACCUUCAUCACCUUCACCACCUUCAUCACCUUCACCACCUUCAUCACCUUCACCACCUUCAUCACCUUCAUCACCUUCAUCACCUUCACCACCUUCAUCACCUUCACCACCUUCAUCACCUUCACCACCUUCAUCACCUUCACCACCGCCACCACCUUCACCACCUUCAUCACCUUCACCACCUUCAUCACCUUCACCACCUUCAUCACCUUCACCACCUUCAUCACCUUCACCACCUUCAUCACCUUCACCACCUUCAUCACCUUCACCACCUUCAUCACCUUCAUCACCUUCACCACCUUCAUCACCUUCACCACCUUCACCACCUUCAUCACCUUCACCACCUUCAUCACCUUCAUCACCUUCACCACCUUCACCACCUUCACCACCACCACCACCACCAUCACCACCAAUUACUGUCGCGCCUCCCAAGAUACAACUGCGCGAGUACCAGGAAGAAUGCAUCCAGGCCGUCCUCUCCUACCUGCAUGCGGGCCAUAA